AUGCGUUUCAUUCGUUUAAUUAAACUUAUUCUGAACAAUUUAGUCAAAGACUGCGCUGAUAUCUAUCAUAAAGGAAUACAACAAAGUGGAAUAUAUAAAAUUAAUCCAGACGGGAAGGGAAGUUUCAAAGUGUUUUGUGAUAUGACAACAUCAGGUGGAGGAUGGACUGUAUUUCAACGUCGUCUUGAUGGAAGUGUUGACUUCUACCGAGGAUGGCAAGAUUACAAACAAGGUUUUGGUAACUUGAGCGGAGAAUAUUGGCUUGGUCUUGACAAAAUACACAUGAUGACAAAAAUUUCACAAAAUGAACUUCGUAUCGACAUGGAUGAUACAUCUGGAAACACCAGAUACGCUCAUUAUGAUUCAUUUAAAGUCAGCAGCGAAAAUGAGAAGUACAAGUUGAAUGUUCGAGGUUAUGAUGGUACCGCGGGGGACUCGUUACAAAAUCAUAACAGAAUGGCUUUCAGCACCAAGGAUUCUGACAAUGAUAUUUGGGUAUAUAACUGUGCAAUGAGAUUCAAAGGAGCCUGGUGGUAUCGUUAUUGUCAUAAAUCCAAUUUGAACGGUUUGUAUCAUUAUGGCGCACACACAUCGUACGCUGAUGGAGUCAACUGGUUCCAUUGGAAAGAACAUCAUUAUUCUCUGAAAUCAACGUCGAUGAAGAUACGACCACGUGAAUUUGGAAAAAACAAAUAA